AUACUUUAAGGUGGGUAUAUUUCCAAUAUUAUUGUGCGUUACAAACAUCAGCACAAACCCAAUAUACCCUCCUCACUGAAGUGGUGUAGGGUAUAAAGAUUGAAAAAUACGUAAAACAAGAACUAACCGGCCUCGACAUAAAUAGCAACAACAAAAACAAUUGCAUUUUUACAAUGAUUGUUGUAAGAAAAGCUUCUGAAAACUGAGACAAAUACAAACAAGAAUAAUCAUGCUUAUUACCAACGCAUGGCAUGGUAAAUAAAAACAAUAACACCUCAACAUAAGUUCUCUAUUUUUUUAUGAAAAUAAAAGCUGAGUUUAAAACAUUUCUCUUUUUUUUUUUUUUGGCUGAGUCUGGUUUAAAGCUUUGCUAAAUGAAGAUAGCAUGGAUCGUGAGAGUAGUUUUUGGUUAUUUGUCUCUUAUUGUGGAUUAUAUAGGAAAGAGUUGCCAAGUAUAUAUUGUUAAAAUAUUGUAGAGAUUGUAUUAUGUUCGAAAAUCUAUAUAGUAAAAUCUAUGUUAAAUAAUCGAUUCAAUAGCCCCCAAACUUCAAUAUAAAAUACAAAUUUGUUUUAAUUAAUAAUUGGUUUAGUAAAUUAAAAAAUUAAGUUUUCGAUGUCAUUUAGACUGGUUCACUAGUAAGCGAACUAGAUACUUUAACAGAUACAGAAUAAACCGAAUCAAUAAUAAAUUGUUCUCUAACAGAAUACUUGUCCAGUACAAUCUCUUACACUUUAAAAAAAUUCCCCUAAAAACUAUCUAUACCAGCAGCACUGUUUUACAGAGAGCGAAAUUCAAGUCUUUAUGAGAGCGUGUUUGUUUUUUAAACAACAAAAAAAAACUAUUACUGUUUCAUUUGUGUUUUUUUCUACGUUUAUUACUAAACCGGGCUUUUUCUUGUUGUAACUCUGGUCUUGUUUGUUGUGUUACUAGACCAUGGUUAUAAUAAAGCUUUUUUCUUUGCUUUAUUAUUUUUUUAUUUUUGGUUUGUUUAUAUAUUUUAGUGCUGUCGGUAGGCUGUUGCCUUAGUUAAUUGAAAUUGAAUUUUUAGUCUGCCACAAGUCUGGCUUGAAAACGGUCGUGCGGUCUACAAAAAAGCUCAUGUUAGACAAUUUUUUUUUAAAGAAAAGCAGAAAAAGAAAUUUUCAUAAACAACUUUCGCGUUUUAAUUACGGUCGUCUCUUGUGUAUUUAUUUUUUUGUUAAUGUGAGAAGUAAAAUCCGUGUUCAAAACUAGAAAACAUCCGCUUGCAAGGAAUAACAAUUAUAAAUAAUACAGUUAAAAAAAUUUAUAAUUAUCUAAAAAUCAUUUAAGAAAAGUAACAUAGUUGAAAAUUAUUUAAAAAAUUUUUAUCAUAAAAAUUUGAAAUAAAAUAAAAACUCGUUAAAAAGGGUUUAUACGAAAAAAAAUAAAAUUUUGCUAAAAAUAUAAAAAUUUUGUUAAAAAAUUAAGCAAAAUUUUAAAUAAAAUAAAAACGAAUAAUGAAAACGAUUUAAAGUAAAAAAUGUUGGAUAAAACUACAACUUGAAAAAAAAAAAAAAAAAAAAAAAAAAUUAAAAACUAAAGAAAUUCUUCAAAAAUGUAUUAAACUAUAAUAAAACUUAACUUUGGGGGAAAAAAAACAAAUAAAUUGAUUCAACAAAAAUAUUUGUGCAAAAUAGUGCCUUAAACAUAAAGAAAUAGUUUUUUAAAAUUAUUAAAAACGUUACAAAUUGUGCUUUGUUUUCGCAAACAUCCAUAAACAAAUCUAAUGAUUGUAAAAUUCAACCAGCUUAUGCUACAAGCGAAGCCGUUUAACAAUAACUGCAAGAAACCAGUCAAGGAUUAUGAGACCGCAUACAGGACAACAACAGCAGCAGCAGUCGCAUCAUCAGCAACAAUACUGUGGAGUAGAUAAUUGCUUGAAACAACAACAACAACAACAUUUUCUGAAAAACCAUCAAAGUCUACAACAACAGCAUACUGCAACACAUUUGCAGCAACAGCAAAAGUAUCAUCAGCAUCAACUACAACAACAUUCACUUAAUCAUGCAUUACAACAACAGCAACCACCACCCGCACCGCCUCAUAUGUGGAAUCCCCAUCUUAAUGCAACGUGCUAUCCCUCCCAAUCUCCCUCAAAUGGUGUAAAUUCUGUAACAAAUCCCAAUCAUAUAAAUUUACAGAAUUGUCGACCUUUUCCCUCGAAUCGAGUCUAUCCACAUCAUACCCAGACUCCUCACUAUCCUCCCUCUAAUGGCUUUCCACAUGCCUUGCCCACAAACAAUCCACAGGCUUCUGAACGUAUGCCUUUAACUGCUCCCAAUUACGCUAAGUUGCCUCCUCUCUCGGUGGUAAAUCAGCAAAGGAUUAAUGAAUGUGCUGGCAUUCCUUUAAUAUCCACAGCAACGGCUCACUUAACGCCUGGUCAAAGGCAAAGGAUAUCGAGAAAACAAUCCCAUUCUCCGCCGGGAAAGAAUUGGACCAAUAUGUUGCCCGCCAAUACAGCACAAAAUUAUGCUGCGGCUGCCCAAUAUGCUGCAGCUCAUGUCCAGGGUGCUCCCUUAAUGUUAAACAAACCACAGCAACAAAAGCCAGAAUAUUGGUCUCCCAAUACUUUUGGCUCCUCCAAUAACCAACAGCAUCAGCAGUCUCAGUUUGGUUCGAAAGCAAUGCAGUAUAAUAAUAAACAACAGGAUAGAACUCGAACUCCUUUGCGUUACCAAAAUUCUGCUCCAGCGGCUUUGUCUUCAUCAAAGUCCAAGGAAAACCUGGAGCAGCAAUUAAAACACUCGAAAGACAACGAAAAUUCAUCUUCCAAUAAUGGCGAUUCUUCCAACAGCAAUGAGACCUGUUUGCCACGCAUAAUAAAGCCGCGUAAAAGAAGAAAGAAGGACCGUAAGCCGCCCAACAAUUUGGUCAAUGCGGUCUAUUUAAAAAUGGACAAUAAGUCCCUACAGGAUAAAUCCUCUAACACCCAAAACAACACAAUAAAAACCUACAAGUCAUCUGAGGACUUGUUAAAAUGUUUACAAAAAUUUACCCAAAUAACCAAUUUAAAUGAGCAGCCUCAAAGAUCCAAUAGCUAUUCGAAUAAAACUUAUGACUUGUUAGCAGCUCAAAGUAAACACGAGCAACAGCAAAAGUUGUCACUGUGUACGAGUGGCAGUGAUAUUAAUCAUGGUAUAUGUUUCUGUAAUGAAUGUGAUCCUUUAAGAUCAAUAUGGGAUUAUCCGCUAAGGAGAUCGCUCUCAGAUUCCUCUACUUCGGAUACAAGUGGUACUGGUUCUUUAAGUGACAAUACCACAACAUCAUCGAAUGAUUCCGAGGAAAUAAAUUGGCCUAAAACCAGAGCUGAAAUUGUGGGUGUUAUAGGUUCAAAACGCAAUAAAGAUCAGCAGAAUUCUUCAUAUAGUUCUAAUCAUUUGAUGAGCAAUACUGACAACACACAGGAUAACAAGAUAUUUAGUAAUAAUAUAUUAAGUGGUAUAAAUUUAGCCAGUGAACUAUUUAAAAACUCAAACUCUGCUGCCUUUGCCAAUUUGGAUCAGGCUUUGACAUCAGCGGAUGACACUAUGCUGCUAUUACCCGAAACUGCUGAAACUUUACUAACGAAAUCCAUUAAUGAAAUCUCCAAGAAACUUAUAGAGACUUGCUCAAAUGAAUCAGGCGACUUACCUUUGUCUUCCUGCAAUUCUUUGUCUUCAUUUUCAACCACCUCUUCAAAUUCCUCUUCAGCCAAUUCCACAUGUGCUGAUUUCUCUAACGAUAGUGGUAUUGAAAGUGCACACAUAAAUGCAGGCGAUGAUUUAGUUUUUAAUUUUGAUAAUUUGCAUAUAACUACAACAAAGUUGUCGUUGUCACCAUCAUCUUUAUCAGCAGCUUCAUCGGCAUCCUCAACAUCGUCAUCGUCAUCUUCAUCGUCAACUUCCUCCUGUGGCAAUAUAUCAAUGUCUUCCUCGCCUACGGUUAAAUUUGCAUCAAAUUUUCUAACAACACAAACAUCAUCAGCUCCAGCUACGGCAACAGCUGCAUCAGUUACAGUCUCAACAAUGCAACAAACUCCUUUAACACCCAGUAAUGUUGUUAUGGGCACAACAAUAAAGGCAGCACCCACUUUAGAUUUUCUGGUUGAUUUAAAUAAUAAUCAUUUACAUGUUGCAGCACCAAAACCCAUGAUUGUUACUGAAAACAAACAACUGCAACAACAGCAACUACUUAAGCAACAGUUCAAUGAUCUGGUACAAAAGCAUCAACCUCCACAUCAACAGCUAACAACGACAUCGAUGCCAACUCCGACACCGACACACCAACAUGAUCAACAAUUUUUCAAUAAUUGUUUCGAUUUGAUGUGGCAACAACAUGAAAGACAAUUGGGAAACAACAACAUCAUCACCACCACUACAUCUACUUCUACUGCCACCACCUCCACCAACAACAACAAUAGCAAUCAUAUUGAUCAAUUAACUUCAUCUGCUUUAACAUCAAAUAAUGUUGCAAUGUCAUCGUUUUUAGAUUCAGUGGGAUCUCUUAAGACUGUUUUUUCCACGAUAUCUUAAGAUGUUUGUAAAGCGAGAGAAAAGCAAAAAAUUAAUUGAAGGAAUUUUUGUAAUCGAAAUGAAAAGAUUUUAAUUAAAUAGUGUGAUCAUUUAAAAAAAUACUACUGGGUAUUAACAAUUUAACUGGACUGUAAUAAAAAAUAUAAAGUAAAAAAUAAGAAAAAGUAGAAACCUUUAAAAAAUCGUUAUAAAUUAUGGGUAAAAUUAUCAACUUCUGUAAAUACUAAUGAACAUCUUGAUAAUUAUUUAAUAUCAAAUCUUUACUGGAGUUGGAAAAAUUUUAAUUUUGUGUUGAUAUGUUUUCAAAAUUUUCCUAUUUUAUCAUCAUGUGUUGAGACAAUUACAGAAUAUAAUUCAAUUUUGGGUAGAAAUAGAUAAAAGUAACGAUGAUUUGUUGAAACAUAUCAGAAUUGCGGUAAAACACUUCAUAUUUUUUCAUUAAAUACAGAACACAAAGAAGUCAUUAUUAACUUGGAAACAUGAUAAUCUCCACAGAAUCUAAAAACCAAAAUUCGCAUUCAAUAAAAUAUAUACAAAACAAAUUAAAGCUAAAUAAUAAACAGCUGAUUAAAUUAAAAUACCGGUAAAAAAUGCAUGACAUAAAUUCAAAACAUCAAUAAUACAAAAGAAUAAAAAUUUCACACAAUUUCAACAUCAUCAUUAGCACGAUAUCCAGUCAUAAAUAAAACAAUAUUGCCAAAAACCAAAAAUAGACAUAAAGAAAGUGUUUCCUGAAAUGUUCGUGAAUAAAUCAAUCAAAUCAAAUAAGCUUCGUCGUCAUCAUUACAAUAAACCAGUAAAGUAAACCCAACCCUUUUGAUAAUUUUAAUCAUCACACAAAAGAAAUUAUUACGAAAUUUUGACCUCAAUACAAGUGUUAAUGAAAACAAAAAAGAGGUAAAAGACGAAGAAAAAAAAAAAAAUAUUGCAUAAUCUUAAACAAAAACUAAAACACAAAAAGCCAACCGAAAUUAAAGUUAUAAUAAAAAAAGAUUUAAAUAUUUUAUAUGAAAUUUCACAUAACGACUAUGACGACGAUAUCAUCAACACAUCGUCAUAAUUUGAUUACAGCUGUUGUUUGUUGUUGUUUGUAUGUAUGUCUGUAUAUUUCACAAAAGUUGUUAAGAUUUCCUGUUUCCGUUUAAUUGAUUUUUAAAUGACUUGCAACGGUUAAAUACAAUAAAAACAAACGCUCAUAAACACACAAAGUUAAAACGAAAAAAAAAACAAAAGAAAGCACUAACAAAAACCCAAACCUUAGACAACAAAAUUUAUAACAAAAAGUUAAAAAUAUAUACAAAAUUAAAUAAAAUAAAAACAAAGCUUUGGUUUACAACAUUUUUUUCGAACAAAUAAAAACGAAAAAUGGAUUUAAAACAAAAUAUAAAACAAAAAAUCUUAAAAAAAAUCAAAAAAAUCAAAAAACCCAGCGGGAAUAUUAAACGCAAGAAAUAAACUUUAGAAAAAAAUCAGCAAAAAAAACUUUCACUUUCACUCUCCAUAAAGUACUUACAAGCAGCCAGACAGCCAGCAACCAGUCAGCCAUCCGUUGAGCAACCAAAAAAAGGCUUACUUUUUUUAAACGAACCAAAAGACAGAUGGAAAAAACUGGACGGACCAAGAGUCUGUCCGUCAUCCAGUCGGCCAGCCAGCGAGCAGCAGCCAGACUUGGUUAACCAUUUACAUCUUUCUUUUUUUUUUGGUUUUCUGACCAAAGCAACCAAACAAUUUACCAACCAAACAGUUCGCCUCAACCAGCCAGCUUGAAAAACCGUCGAACCCCUGUUCCAAACAAACCAUGCAUGCACGUUUUCAUAAUGUGUGUUGUUUGUGUUUCAUUUUGAUCAACAUCUACUUACCAUGUGUAUGCAAAUUAUUUUCAUUUUAUUUUAUUCAUUUAUUUUACUUUUUUGUAAUGUAUUCUAUAUAUACUUUAAAGUACUCUGUGGUCUUACACUUUUUUCUUUGCUUUAGAAAAGUGUUUUUUAACUUUUAAGUUUUUUUUUCUCCUUUUUAAAAUGUGUUUUUUUCGAUUUUUCUUUAAAUUAAGAAAAAAAAAAGCUUUUACAAAUAAUUUUUCCAUAACGUGUUUAAGAUUAAGUGAAAACAAUUAUAAAAAGUAUUGGUUUAGGGAAAAAGUAAUUUCGUUUAGAAAUUUUGUUAAGUUUUACUCCUAUAUUCAUAAAUUUAUUAUUGGUCUAAAGCAGGAUAACUUUAUGAAUACGGACAGUUUAACUGUUAGACUAAACAUUUUGAAACAAAUCAAUAUUUGUAAUCUUUUCCUCAAGAAAAAUCUUAAGCAUAAAAAAACUCGACAGAAUAAGGGUUUUCAAAUUAAAGGGGUGUAGAAAUAAAGGCAAUCUUUAUAUUCGAAUUGUAUAAGAAACAACUUUACUUCUAAAGAUAUUUUUAUAUUUACAUAUUUAUUAUAAUGGAACUAGAAGAAGAAGAACAAAGUUUGAAACAAAUAGAGAAGUUUGCUGGAAAGGUUAUUAAUGGUAUGGAGAUUGCUGUCUUUGUUUCUGUGCCCCUCAUAUAUACAUGCAGCAAUCAAUAACCUAAGCAUACAACUUUAAAAACCUUUAAUCUCGAUCGAAAAAUAUUCCAGUAAUUUUUCGGCUUCAAUAUAAAUAUUUUAUAUCAAAGACUGGGUCUUUCCAUUACAAAUGAAUACAAAUAGGGUAUCAAGUUCGAAAAAGUUAUUAAAUUUUUGACUGCAGAUUGUUUACAAACUUUAAGAACCAAAUAUAUUUAGACCAAAGGAUUUUUAUAAAAUUGUCUGAGGUACUUGUGCUGUAGUAUUCUUUUGUGGGUCUACGAAGAAGCCAUUAUAUGACAAUUUUUUUUUCUCGAAAUUCGGACAAUACCUUUUUAAAAACCAUGUUCAAGAGUAAUUCAGAAAAAGUGUUUAAAAGGUGCUCCGAAUUUUAGAUUGCGAUAUACUUUUUGAAAAUGAUUGUAUCCCAGGAUAAUAAAAGCACAUUUCACUACUUACUCAUUGGAAUUUAAUUCAUUAUUUUAACCACUUUCACUUACAAAGAAGGACUUCAAUAAGUCAUUACAAAAAACCCCUUAAACAGUUAUUUUGUUUAUACAAAAACUUACACACAAUGACAAAAGCCUAAAAUUAAGUACAUACUUAUUAUAAGUCAUUACAAGACUACUUAAAAGUAAUGCAGAAGGAAGUAGUAGUCAUUCAAAUGUAAGUUGUUGUGUAAGUACAAGUCAUUAUAUAGAUUUCGCUGGGAUAUUAAACAAAUUAUGACUUUUAUUAUGACAAAUUAUGCUUAAAAAUAAAGCUUGUUGCGUAUAUUGUAUACUUAGGAUUUUUCGUUUAGCAUUUUAGUAAAUAAUAAAUACAAAAAAAUCCGUGUUCUAAUUGUAUUGCUUUCAGUAAGCAUUACUCAUUACUGGCUAUACCUAAGACUAAGAAAUUACAUUUUCCCUUAAACCAAUAUUUUUUAUUAAAAAAAGAUUUAUUUAUUUUCUUUAUAAUUAUUUCUAUCAUUUAAUUUUUUUUUUUAUUAUUUAUAUCUAAAACUAUAAUAGUAAGUAAGUAAUAGUACAUAAAUAUUAAGUUAAAAAAAAGUGUUUGUUAAUUGUGCAUAAAACUUACUACAAGUAAUAGACUUUAGUUAUUUAUUAUAUUUUUAAUUCAUAGCAUGAUAAUUAGCAUCUAUGUACCAUAAUCAUGAUUGUAAUGAUGAUGAUUAUUAACUUUAUCAUUAUGCAGCAUAUUUAAGCAAGUAAUUAGUGUAGAUUAAAGUGAAAUUAAAUGUUAUUAUUAUUUUAAAAAGAGAAAAAAAGUCACUUUUAUGAGAAGGGGAUCAUCAUCAUAUCAUUUUAUUUUUCUUUAUUGUUUUUUGUUGUUGCUAGGUGUUUUAGAGAAGGGUCUAUCUAUGUGUUAUUAUUAGUUUUCUUUUCUUUAGUUUUUUUAUAUAUAUAUUAUUAUAAUUAUUGUUUUAAUAUAAGGUUAAAAAGGUUUUAAUUAACAAGAAUUAAAUAUAAGCUGAGGGUGAAAUUUCUUAAAGAGGUUAUUUGGGAAAACAAAAAUUUUUCUUUAGAGAAAUUAAACAGCAAAUAUUAGUUAUUCAAAAUUUAAAAAUAUAACCAAUUAAGUGGUAAUUGAUCUGUAAUGUUUCUGUAGAACUAGUUCUAUAAAUGAGAAAUUCCAAACAAACUACAUCCAACAUUGGUAUUCUGUAUGCGUUGCAGCAUGAGAUUGAGAUUUCUCUUUUAGAAUUCAGAAAAGUUAAAUUAAAAUUUAGAAUUAUCAUUUGCAAUUCAGAAAAUAUUAACUGAAAUUAAGAUUUUUGAUUUCAAAUUUAAAAAAAGAAUAGUAAAACUAAGAUUUUUCAUUUGAAAUUCAGAAUUUCAAUUGAUUUUUUCUGUAUUCAAAAUGAAAGUUACCAAUUGCUUAUGAAAUUCUCAUUAUUUAUAAAAAAAAAAUCACUUUCCCUAGCCCAAACAAAUAAUGAUAAAUUUUA